UUUUCCUGACGUUGUCACAGGAGCCGCUCGUCAGUGAGAGACCCGGCGGAGUGAUCGCUCUACAUGUCAUCAGGUUGUUUCUAACUUCCUGCGAAGGUCACAGAGGAACCGUGUGUGUGUGUGUUCGCACUGAUGCCGGGACGCUGCUGUUAGUUAAAGCUGUGACGGUCGCUCAGUGUGUGAGUGUGUGUGUGUGUGAGAGAGAGAGAGAGAGAGUGUGUGUGUGUGAGCCUCCCGGUCCGUCUCUCUCCGGCUCGACCCAAUGCUUCUGCAUCAGUUUAUGAACGGAGCCCUGGAAGUCAUGCAUCCCACCGCGCUGCAGAAAGACACCACCUUCACCAAGAUCUUCGUCGGCGGGCUGCCCUAUCACACCAAUGACGCGUCACUUCGGAAAUAUUUCGAGACUUUCGGGGACAUCGACGAGGCGGUGGUGAUAACGGACAGGCAGACCGGUAAAUCCAGAGGAUACGGCUUUGUGACGAUGACAGACCGAGGAGCAGCCGAGAGAGCCUGCAAGGAUCCCAACCCUAUCAUCGAUGGUAGGAAGGCCAACGUCAACCUGGCAUACCUGGGAGCCAAGCCUCGCAGCAUACAGACAGGCAUAUCCAUCGGAGUACAGCCCAUUCACCCAGCACUCAUCCAGAGGCAGUAUGGCUGACCAGUGCCCCAGCAGAGGAUCAGAAGAUGCCCACAGUGCAGGAGGCGGUUUGACAGAAAAUGUCUGUCUGUCCGUCCCAUGCCCUCCUCCCUCAGCCAGCCUCUCUCCAAGGUGCCAGUGAUGGCUUGAGAGUGCAGUGCC